AUGCGCUUAGCAAUUGCAGGAUCGGGCGACUUGGCCUCUUAUCUCGUCGAGGAGUUCACCGCAAAGGGCCAUGAUGUGGUGGUGUUAUCCCGCAGCCUGAAACCUCGAUUCGAAGGUCUUCCGAAGGUGACCCAAGCGGUAGUUGACUACUCCGUGGAGUCAAUUCUCAAUGCAAUUUCGGACUGCGAAGCCAUAAUCUCCACCAUUCUCGAUUAUUCAGAGGGGUUCGUGGAUGUACACCUUGCCCUGAUGGAGGCGUGCAAACAGAGCCGCGUCUGCAAGCGCUUCAUUCCCUCUGAGUUUGGUGGCAACAUUGAAACGCACCCCCAUCAGCCCGAGUUCUACUUCCAUACACGCGAGCCUGUGCGGAAAAUGCUUCGUGAGCAAUCUGAGUUGGAGUGGACAUUGGUUUCUGUGGGCUGGUUGAUUGACUACGUCGUCCCAAGCAAGAAUCGAUAUCUCAAGGAUAUCGGGCCUGCGUUUCCAAUUGACGUCGCCAAUCAAACAAUGGUCAUUCCAGGUACUGGACGCGAGCCGUUCAAUGUCACAUGUGCCCGGGAUGUAGCGAAGAGUCUUGUCGCUUUGUUGGAAAGUGCCAAGUGGGACAAAUACACCUACAUCACCGGGGAAAAGACAUGCUGGGCAGAUAUUAGCCGCGCCUUUGCCGAGAAGUAUCCUGCACUUUCCGUGUCGCAUAAAGCUGUGGCGGAGAUAGAGCAGGAGGCGAUGAGUGGAGGCGAUGACGCUAUUUUCGCUGAGUAUCAACUUUACUCUGUCACGGGGGCGGCUUGCUUCGAUGAUGCCACGGUCCAGGAUCAGAGGGAGAGAUAUUUCAAAGGAAUCUUCUUUAGAAAAGUCCAGGAUCUCCUUGAAGCCGUCGAUAAGGACGAUCAGAUCAUAGUCUGA